AAAUUCUUUAUAUUUGAUUCUGCAGGCUUAUCCUGGUCUUGGCCAUUCAAUAAGCAACGUGGAGCUGCAGUUCCUCGAAUCAUGGAUCAAGACUCGUGAACAAAGUUCUUCAUAGAGGUUUGAUUAUCUUCUAGUUAUUCUCAUUGGUUUGUAGCGAAAUUGUUAGUUAACUAAUUACUCACCUUUGAGGAUAUCUUUCAUAUUUUGAUUUAUUAUGAGUUUAGAGUCAACGUCUGUAUUGUUGCUUUAUUUAAAACAAAAAUUUCUAAACUUGGAGUACAGAGAAGGGUGUAUGAUCUAACUGCUUCACUUUCAUAGCAAAUCGUUACCUCCUUUCAUAUAAAGUUUCUGUGAUCUCCUAAAUGCGUCAUACUAAUCGUAACCAUGCUGUCAGCAGAGAAUACACGAUUCACUUGUAUGGGAAAGAGCCUGACUUGAUCUUUGUUAUAUAAUACUGAAGAAACUCUAGUUUGCCACAAAUUCAAGUAGCUUAGCUUAAACUGAAAUGAAUUCAGAGUGUAGGUUAGGAGAAGAGAGGGAAAAAGAGAUGUUGUGCCGUGGCCCAUAGGAGAUUCUUGCACUGCUAAUUAAUUGUUAAUCGUAUUUUCUUAUUUGCGUUCAAGCCCGAGACGCUAAUGUUUACUUUUGACUAGUGUAUCCAAUCAAGAUGUGGUCCCAGUCAAAAUCAACAACUUUAAAGACCUGAGCUUGGGGAUCUUCCAAGCUUUGAAAAACGGAUUGCUAUCAGAAGAUUCUGAGAUUUUCGACUUAAUUCACUGUCGAACAAGUACAGUUCUUGAAAUUUAUGAUCCUGGUUCCUGGAAGGCGACCUCUUUAAUGAUGAUGAGAUGAAUUUGAAGUAGGAAGUACGGGCUUUUUUAGAGCGCAUUGGGUUUCAUUGUUGGCCAGGGACAGUGACAAAUCGAAGAAUAGGUCCCAUUACAUCAGUGCACCAACUGCAACUCCAAACGACGACGAAUAAUAUGAUGCUUUAAGCCCUGCAUCGCACUUGAGCACUCCCCCAGCCAGCCUCUCCGAAUCCACGUUACCAACCCCAAUGUUCUCUUUCUCAUCAACCCUUCUACAUCGAAACCCUCUUCUUUCGCUCUACAACUCUUGUCCGUUAGAUGAAGCCUUUCUCUUUCUCUCUCUGUGGCUGAUCAUCAACUUUUAACUAUGAAGAAACUCUACCGCAGAGGCACGGUUCAUCCAUCACCACCAAUCACAACCGAUCAUCUGUCCUUCCUUCCUGCCACCAUCUUAACCCUUGCGGCUGCUCUUUCCCCUGAAGACAGAGAACUCUUGGCCUAUCUCAUCUCUUGUUCUUAUAACGAUUUUGGGAACUUUUCAAGCCACCGCAAAAACACCCCAAAAAAUCCAACAAAAAUAAGCAUCAGCAACAUCAGCAGCAGCGUUCAUGAUCAUCCACCUCUGUUUACCUGUGAUUGUUUCAGGUGCUACAUGAGUUACUGGGUCCGGUGGGAUUCAUCGCCAAACCGGCAGCUGAUACACGAGAUUAUAGAUGCUUUUGAAGAUGGGUUAGCUCAAAGCAAGAAGACAAAGAGCAAGAAAGACAGGAAAAAGAAAUACAAUGCUGCUGAUGGGUCUGGUGGCUUGAAACGACCCGAUUUGAGUUUACUAAAGGAUGACUCAAGUGAGUUGAAAUCAGUGGAAGAGAGUAGCAGUAGCAGUAGUGGUGGUGGUGGUGGUGAAAUUUGUGGGGAUGACGGUGAAGAAGGAACAGGCAAGGGUUCAGUAAGGAGGUUUGUGAACUUCAUUGGAGAGAGGAUUUGGAAUGUUUGGGGCCAAUGAAUUUAGACAAGAAUCGAGGAAAAGU